GAGGUUAUGGUACUUUGGAGGAGCUGUUAGAGGUUAUAACCUGGGCUCAACUAGGCAUCCAUGACAAGCCUGUGGGUUUACUGAAUGUUGAUGGCUACUACAACUUCUUCCUAACUUUUAUCGACAAAGCAGUCGAUGAUGGCUUCAUAAAGCCUUCGGAGCGCCACAUCUUUGUUUCUGCACCUAAUCCCAAAGAGCUUGUCCAAAAACUUGAUGAUUAUGUGCCCGUGCAAGAUGAAGUGGCUGCCAAGUUAAAUUGGGAAGAAAUUAUAGAACCACAGCCCGAUUCUUCGUCUACAACACCAGCUACCAAACAAGACCCAUUCACUCCCAUUCGGCCGCCGGCCGAACAAAUUGCUCUAAUAUGA